AUUUUGUACCAUAGAAAUUUUCCUUCUCGUGAGUAUCUUGCGGUCUCAUAAUACUCUCGAAUUUUUCCUCACACAUUUUCAUAAUUUUUGGAGUCAUAAUUCGCAUUUCCGUUCCCCUUAUUGUACUGGGUGAGCUAAGGCCAGCCGCCUGCCUAAACCUUAGGUCCGUAACCCUUGCUGCAAAUUAGCUUUCCACACUCAAGUGUAGUAACAAAUUGCUAGGCGGUAUAUAUCUACAUUAUCGAUCUAAGCACACGGCCAUGGGCAGAAGCUUACAAAAAGCUCCAAAGAAAUAUCAUCCAUUCUCACUCUCUUCCACUCGAUCCAACACCCAACUCCCACCUCACAAUUCUCCUUUAAAAAGGCCCCCCACUCCCUUCACUAAGGCACCAUGCCCAAAAUACCCUUCUACACUCUACCUAGCUACUAUACCAUGGCUUCCACCAACCUCUCUCAAUGCAUUUUCAUUCUCUCUCUCUUCUUCUUCUUCGCAUUCACUAGCGCUUGUGUCCCAUGCAUGCCUAAGCCACCGCCUAUCCCCAAGCCUGAGCCACCCCCUGCCCCCAUCCUGCCACCACCAAUUGCUCCUCCAACAGCCCCCAAGUGCCCUAAAGACACACUGAAGCUUGGGGUGUGCGUUGACCUUCUAGGAGGUCUGGUCAACCUAGUUAUUGGGACUCCUCUUUCGAGCAAAUGCUGUGCUUUGCUUGAAGGAUUGGCGGAUUUAGAGGCAGCAUUGUGCCUCUGUACUGCCAUUAAGGCCAAUGUGCUAGGGAUUAACUUAAAUGUUCCGGUGACGCUUAGUUUGUUGCUUAGUGCAUGUGAAAAAACUAUUCCUCCAGGGUUCCAAUGUUGAUGGAAGAAAAAUGGUGGAUUUUGAAGUACCAAAUGGUUCAAGAUUGUGGUCUUAGUUAACUUAAUUGUUAGCUUUUUGUUGCUAAAAUAUGUCGUUUGCUGUUUUGCAAUUUUUUUUAGUACUAUUCAAGGUGAUGUGUGAUUUGUUGUUUUAGUACUAUUCAGGGUGAUGCGUGAUUUGUUGUAAUAAAGAACAUGGCAAAAUCUCCUGCCCCUUGUCUUGUGUA